UCGUCCCUUCGCGCCGCCCCAAUGAGUCGCCGCCGACUUUCUCUCUUCGGCCUUCCCUUUGAUAUCCCUCCCCUCUGGCAAUCUGCUUGCCCGCCCUCUUUCUCCUAUCGUGUCAAGCAGAUCAGCAUGCCGAUCCUGGACAAAGAUAAGUGGGACGAGUGGUGGGAGGCUUACGUGGAGCUUGCUUUCUGUCUGCUGGAGAUAAAGUUCCUUUGGUCCAAGCCAGCGCCGUAUGGAGAAGGGCCUGAAAUCCCGAACGACGAGGUGGAACUGCUGAUUGUGCAAGCUUGGGGGACGACGACGGAAAGGGAUUUAUUAGGGAUACUCUUCGGGAAGGUGGAAGAUGGGAAUCUCGCUCUUAUCACGAACGAGUUACAGGUGUUUCUGGUGCAGUUGGUGGACGACCUGCCUCUGGACAUCUUAUCGCGGUGUGACAGUUGGCCAGACAUCGACGUGCUUUCCCGGACGCUUGAACCGCAUCUGCUAUGGUCCACGACUCCGCGUGUACAGAGCUGGACGACGAUAACUGCAUCUAUCCGUCCCAGGCUCUGGAACGCGCGGCAAGAGGAAGAGGAGAUCGAAGAGGAAGAGGAGACAGAGGAAGAAUCGAGCGAGGAUCGUGACGACCCCGAUUCCGUCGAGGAAGAGGAGGAGGUUGAAGAAGAAGAAGAAAAACCGACAAAAGAGGAGGGUGGAUCGGGGGAGCCGAGUCAACGGCCCGAACGACGCAAGGAGGAGGAGGUGGCAGAAGCACGGAAGCGGCUGGAAAGAGCGGAAGGAAAGCGGUCGAUUGAGGAAGGGUUCCCGCCCGACCCGUUAUUGGGAAAUCCGUGGCUCGAUCCGGAGCCCCCACGGGAGGAAGACGGAGGCGAUGGAGCCGCAGUGGGGGGAUUAGGACGUCAUGGCCAAAGGAGGAGCGAAUCGCCGGCUCCGUCUGGUUCCCCUCCCCACCCUGCCCUUCGCCUACGUCAAGAUGCGGGCGAUCAGGCUUCGUCCCCGGUUGUUAUCUCGUCGUCCCCUUGAGUUCCUGGUCCCUUCCCGGCUACUUGGUCAACCCCUGUUCCCCACUCGAUGGUGCCCCUUCCCUCCCGACCUCUUCCACCAACUUUACGC